GCAUCCAGGAAAUAGGUUAGUUUCAGACAAGCCUGCUUGCCGGAGCUCAGCAGACACCGGGCCUUCCGGGCAGGCCUGGCCCACCGUGGGCCUCAGAGCUGCUGCUGGGGCAUUCAGAACUGGCUCUCCGUUGGCGUUGGGACCAGAGACCCCACAAGUGGCCUGUUUGCCUGGACAUCCACCUGUACGUCCCCAGGUUUGGGGAGGCCCAGGGGCGAUGCCAGACCCCGCGGCGCACCUGCCCUUCUUCUACGGCAGCAUCUCGCGCGCCGAGGCCGAGGAGCACCUGAAGCUGGCGGGCAUGGGGGACGGGCUCUUCCUGCUGCGCCAGUGCCUGCGCUCGCUGGGCGGCUAUGUGCUGUCGCUCGUGCACGACGUGCGCUUCCACCACUUUCCCAUCGAGCGCCAGCUCAACGGCACCUACGCCAUUGCCGGCGGCAAAGCGCACUGUGGACCUGCAGAGCUCUGCGAGUUCUACUCGCGCGACCCCGACGGGCUGCCCUGCAACCUGCGCAAGCCGUGCAACCGGCCGUCGGGCCUCGAGCCGCAGCCGGGGGUCUUCGAUUGCCUGCGCGACGCCAUGGUGCGCGACUACGUGCGCCAGACGUGGAAGCUGGAGGGCGAGGCCCUGGAGCAGGCCAUCAUCAGCCAGGCCCCGCAGGUGGAGAAGCUCAUUGCUACGACGGCCCACGAGCGGAUGCCCUGGUACCACAGCAGCCUGACGCGUGAGGAGGCCGAGCGCAAACUUUACUCUGGGGCGCAGACCGACGGCAAGUUCCUGCUGAGGCCACGGAAGGAGCAGGGCACAUACGCCCUGUCCCUCAUCUAUGGGAAGACGGUGUACCACUACCUCAUCAGCCAAGACAAGGCGGGCAAGUACUGCAUUCCCGAGGGCACCAAGUUUGACACGCUCUGGCAGCUGGUGGAGUAUCUGAAGCUGAAGGCGGACGGGCUCAUCUACUGCCUGAAGGAGGCCUGCCCCAACAGCAGCGCCAGCAACGCCUCAGGGGCUGCUGCUCCCACACUCCCAGCCCACCCAUCCACAUUGACUCAUCCUCAGAGACGGAUCGACACCCUCAACUCAGAUGGAUACAGCCCUGAGCCAGCACGCGUAACGUCCCCAGACAAACCGCGGCCGAUGCCCAUGGACACGAGCGUGUAUGAGAGCCCCUACAGCGACCCAGAGGAGCUCAAGGACAAGAAGCUCUUCCUGAAACGCGAUAACCUCCUCAUAGCCGACAUUGAACUUGGCUGCGGCAACUUUGGCUCAGUGCGCCAGGGCGUGUACCGCAUGCGCAAGAAGCAGAUAGACGUGGCCAUCAAGGUGCUGAAGCAGGGCACGGAGAAGGCGGACACGGAGGAGAUGAUGCGCGAGGCGCAGAUCAUGCACCAGCUGGACAACCCCUACAUCGUGCGGCUCAUUGGCGUCUGCCAGGCCGAGGCCCUCAUGCUGGUCAUGGAGAUGGCUGGCGGCGGGCCGCUGCACAAGUUCCUGGUCGGCAAGAAGGAGGAGAUCCCCGUGAGCAAUGUGGCCGAGCUGCUGCACCAGGUGUCCAUGGGGAUGAAGUACCUGGAGGAGAAGAACUUUGUGCACCGUGACCUGGCGGCCCGCAAUGUCCUGCUGGUUAACCGGCACUACGCCAAGAUCAGCGACUUUGGCCUCUCCAAAGCAUUGGGUGCCGACGACAGCUACUACACUGCCCGCUCAGCAGGGAAGUGGCCGCUCAAGUGGUACGCACCCGAGUGCAUCAACUUCCGCAAGUUCUCCAGCCGCAGCGAUGUCUGGAGCUACGGGGUCACCAUGUGGGAGGCCUUGUCCUACGGCCAGAAGCCCUACAAGAAGAUGAAAGGGCCGGAGGUCAUGGCCUUCAUCGAGCAGGGCAAGCGGAUGGAGUGCCCACCAGAGUGUCCGCCCGAACUGUACGCACUCAUGAGCGACUGCUGGAUCUACAAGUGGGAGGAUCGCCCCGACUUCCUGACUGUGGAGGAGCGCAUGCGAGCCUGUUACUACAGCCUGGCCAGCAAAGCGGAAGGGCCCCCGGGCAGCGCACAGAAGGCCGAGGCUGCCUGUGCCUGAGCUCCCACUGCCCAGGGCCUGCAGCCCUCCACACCGGCUCUUCCCCGCCCUCAGCCCCACCCCAGGCCCUGCAGUCUGGCUGAGCCCUGCUUACUUGUCUCCACACACAGCUGGGCUGUGGUAGGGGUUGUCUCAGGCCACGCCGGCCUUGCAUUGCCUGCCUGGCACCCUGUCCUCUCUGGCUGGGGAGCAGGGAGGUCCGGGAGUGUGGGGCUGUGCAGCCUGUCCUGGGCUGGUGGCUCCUGGAGGGCCCUGAGCUGAGGGCGUUGCUUACACGGAUGCCUUCCUCUGGGCCCUUACAUUGGAGCCUGGGUGUCCUCAGGUGGUCAGGCGUAGAUCACCAGAAUAAACUCAGCUUCCCUCUUGUCUGAGCGCCCUCAUCUUUUCCGGGGUGAGGGUAGGUGUCAGGGGAGGGGUGGGUUAUGAAAAGUGCAUGGAGGUGACUGUUCUUGUGUGGACUGAGCCUGGAAGUGACCCCUGGGAAGAUGGGGCUGGGUCCCACUCUCCACCCUAGGGGCACAUUCAUGUGAGUGAGGGGCUGGGGUGGAGUGGGGAACCUGAGGCCAGGUGGUGUGGGUCCAAGGGCUGCGUGCCUGGCUGAGCCCAGCUCCCCUGUGUGGAGAUGAGUGUGCUCCAUGCCAGGUGCACGUUAGGAUCACCUGGAGCGAUUUUAACAAACGCUAACCCCCCCUCCCCCAUCCAGCUGGGGUCUUCACCACCCCAGGGGUGCCUUGCAAAUCAUGAGAUACAAUGUUUUUCAUUGGUAGAUGCACAUAUUAGUUCCCGUAUGAACCGUAUUACUGAAUUCGAAAAAUACCAAAAUGCAAACGUUGUUUUUAAAUUAAUUGUUUUAAAAACUAAUGAACGAAUUAAGACAAAUUACAUCAGUUAAUUUACUGGUUUCUUAAAUCAUGUGGUUUGCAGAUAGUUCAGUUUUAUUAAAAUUCACUUGGGAGUUGCUGAACGACUUACAUUAUUAUGUAAAAUAUGAUAUCAGACAGUAAAUAAAUUGUGGCUUUCAUUU